UUUACUUCCUGAGUUAAAGGUCAAAUCCGUCUUUUAAUUUACGGGGAUUUGUUUCUCCACUGAAUAGAAAACAGUCUUAAAUACGUUGCCAAAUUUGUAACAAAGAUGUCGUCUGACGAAAUUAUUGGGCCCGCUUUGCCUCCAAUGUUCGGAAAAGAAAGCUCUGAGGACGAAAAUAGUGAAACAGACUUCGCUGGCCCCGCUUUACCUCCCGGUUAUAAACGGGGGGAACCGUCCAGCUCUUCGGAUGACAGUGACCGGGAGGUGUCAGUCAAAAGAGCCAGAACAUCCGGAGACAGACCUGCAGAGUGGGUUCACAAGAGAUGUCCAAUGAAAGAAAAUGCUGCUGAUGAUGAUGAUGAUGGCUUCUUUGGGCCAGCUCUGCCCCCAGGAUUUAAGAAACAACAGAGUUCUCCAGAAAGGCCGCCCGUGAUUGGACCGGCUUUACCUCCAGGGUUUCGAAGAGCAGCUUCUGAAAAUGAUGAUGACCAAGUUGUUGAAGAUGAAGAAGGCCUCCCAGGGCCUGCCUUACCUCCGGACUACUGUGCCGAACCUUCCAGCAGCGAGGAAGAGGAUGAGGAUGAUGGCGUGAUCGGUCCUAUGCCUGCCAAAGGACCCAUCCAGAACACGGCGGCUUUUGAGUUUGAGCGCAGGGCACGAAGGAUGAAAGAGAAGCUGACGACAUCCGAGACUCCUGAGGUGCAGACCAGAGAAACAUGGAUGACGGAGCUCCCGCCAGAACUGCAACACAUUGGCUUGGGGGCUCGAACUUUCAAGAAGAAAUCUGGUCCGGAAAACAAGGAUCGUUCCAUGUGGACGGAUACACCAGCAGACAGAGAACGCAAAGCCAGGGAACGUGUUGAAGGAAAGAAGAAGAGCGAGGCGGUAAAGGAUGACAUUCCGAAGGUUUCCCAGAAGGACUUAGAAAUGGCAGACAAAGUCUCUAAGUAUAAUGAAUCCAAACGUGCCGAGACCCUCAUAAGUUUGCACACAAAAACGAUGAAGGAAAAAGCGAAGGAGAAGGCAGACAAGCCGGUGGAGAGGAGGCCGUUUGAUCGGGACGAAGACCUGCAGGUGAAUCGCUUUGACGAGGCUCAGAAGCAGCGGCUGCUGAAGAAGUCUCAGGAGCUGAACACACGCUUCUCCCACAGCAAGGACCGGAUGUUCCUGUAGCACACUGUUGAAAUGUUUCAAAUCCACAACACGCAGGUUUUCUAGUCGCCAGCUGCCUGGUUAGAAAUGUGUACUUAAUUGAACAGCAGCUAGUAGAACAUGCUUUUUAACUCAGGAAAGACUCUGUUACAGCUGAUGAUAUUCAAACAAAUGAUAUAUUUUGAUAUUUCAUCAUGCAUUAUUUCAGGGUAUCUUCUGUUUUAGUUUUCUUUUUUUCUGAGAUUUGCUAAUGUUUGUACAAACCAACCAAUGGAAACAGCAAUGGUGCAUCUACCAUUUGAUGUACUUUAAACCUUUCAUAUUAGUGUUCAUAUCCUGACUUGUCUGUGACACAUCGUACCUGACCUUUUCUUUUAAAAAGUGUUUUGUAUUUCCACAUAAGAAUGAAAAAUGUUUGAACUUCAGUUUUUCCAAGACCAUUCUUUUUUCUUUUUUUUAAAUUCUUUUAACAAAUCAUUGGCUUGUAUCUAUAUGCUGGCACACAAGUCUCCAAACCUUUAUAUUAAAGUAUCAUUUGUAAAACGUGA